UGGAUAUUAUGUGCCAAAGGUGUCCCAUCUACCUCUAUCCUAUACAUGUCGCUUGAUUAGAUCAGUAGUUACAAUUUCACUGACUUACUAAUAUUAUAGCUGUUAUACCCCUAUAAACAUAUCAUGAUCGGUUGGAUUAGCUUUGUUUGUUUAUUUACAUUGACUUGGGCACAUAACGAUCGCCACGUCACCUUAUCUUGUGGCCCUGAGUCGUCAUCUGAAAAAGGAGAGGCUGGGCCUCCUGGAAAACGAGGUCCCACUGGCGACGAUGGAUUGAAAGGAGAUGUUGGUCCUCCUGGGUUAAAAGGUGAACCAGGAGACUCUGAGUCUUGGAGAGAAUCUUUUCAGCUUUUGUCGAGACAAGUCGUUGAACUCAGAGCAGAGAUGUUCAGUUUAAUAUCAACCGAUUGCAAGCAAGUGUAUGAAGGUGGGAACAGACAAAGUGGGAUCUACACAAUCAAUAAGAAUGGAAAUUUGAUUGAAGUUUAUUGCGAUAUGACAACAGACGGUGGUGGAUGGACGGUUUUCCAGCGACGAAUAAACGGUGAACAAGAUUUCUAUUUUACAUGGGACGAAUACAGGCGGGGAUUCGGCAAUAAGAGUCGAGAAUUUUGGAUGGGAUUGGACAAUUUACAUUUGUUUACAAGAAACGGUUCGUUUGAGUUAAGGAUUGAACUCAGAAAUUGUGAAAACCGAACCUUAUUUGCCAAAUAUGGAGCAUUCACAGUAAUGGAGCCAUCAACCAACUUCCGAUUGCGAGUUUCAGGUUUUCUUGGAAGUCCUGGGUUAGAUGAUUCUUUACAAAUUCAAAAUGACAUGCCCUUUUCGACAAAAGAUCGCAACAACGAUGGCAACGGGUGCUCUGCACAGUGGCAUGGCGCUUGGUGGUACAAUCGUUGCCAUCAUUCCAACCUUAACGGGGAAUAUAGCCCAUGUGUAGAGACACCUCGUUCAAUGACUUGGAGAGUUAACCGUCGCUACAUAGGGUUACGGUUCACCGAGAUGAAAUUUCGUCCGCUUUAAAAAUAAGAUUUGAAUAAUUUACUCAUUGUAAUAUUAAUAUAUGUGCGCUUGCUUAACUAUGAAUGUAUUUAUUUUAUGAUACGUUUUAUUACACGAAUUUAUAAUAAUACUUAACUUAAGUAUAAUAGGGUGUGGGAAGAUGGGACACCUUAAGCACAUAAUAUCGAAAAACCCUGAUCGUGUUUUAAACAAUUCACAACGGUCUAUGGGAGUCGCGAUUAUACAGUUUUAUAAUUCUUUGAAUGUUCUUUGUUUAGUACUAAAUGGGACGAGAACAGAGUGUUAAACGGUGUCCCAUUUCAUCCCUACUGUAUACAACAAAAUGGGACGAGUAAAGCGAAUGGAAAAAAGUUCCAACUUACCCCAACCUACUAUACUCAAGAGAUAUGUAAUUAACAAAUUUUAGUAUAUUAUAAAACACAGAGCGUUUGACUGGAUGCUUCGAACAUUGUCACAACUACAUCCUGUAACUAUUUUUUGUGCUUCUGGCCGUAUUGUACGAAAUUAAUGCCUACUGCACUACAUAAAUCAUGUACGUUAUAACCCGCCCCUCUGCCUUUAUUGGGGUAAUGUUUACUCGUUUGAUAACUUUUACCCAUCGUUGUAUAUUUGUAAUCUAACUGCCGCGAUAUUGCAUCUUAUGGCCAAGUGAUUGCUCCAGGUUAAUAAAUAAGCUUUAUACUUAACGUUAA